UUGGCAAUAAAGAAAAAAGAAGAGUACGUGGCUUAAUGGUUCGAGCACCGGAAUUCUGUGCUCUAAUUCACCAUCAGUAACAUUUUUUAAAAAUUAUUUUCAUUAAGUCAAGGUGUGACAAGAACCUACCUGCCUACCCACCGCAAAGUGCCAAGAAUGGCGAAACAGUAGUAGUGAUCAGCUUUAUUUGAAACGACUGGAGUGCAUCUUGUCCCAGCGAGAAAGGCCUUCGUCCACUGUUCCUGUGGCCUUGGCAGCUGACAUUUGUGAUUUUAUUGUCUGCGGUAGUACUGGUGUUGGAAGCUUGGGUGUCUUUACGUGUUUGUCCGUAGUCGCCGCUGGAUAAUGGCCACCUCUCUCGUUAGCUGAUUAUGGUUAGCUUGAGAGUGCCACUUGAUUCGGAGGUCCACAUCGAAAAUGCAAGCUCUCACUGUGAUUGGACGAUUUCAGAAACUAUGCAGUAACGCGCGUGUUCUAAACACCUAAAUCGCUCGUGCAUAAAUAUCAGCGCUAGUGUAGAGGCACACAAAACAACGGACGUAAUUUGUUGUUCUCUCCUAUUCGCAUCCACGCAGGAUACCCUGACCUCGGAAAGUAGCGGCCCCAGCGGAAGCAGUGGCAUCACCGGCGGUGUCCCGUUCCCCCUGCCACGCUGAGUGCACUGGCGUUGGCUCUGUGCCUGGGCGCGCUCAUCGGCGCCACGGCGGUGGGCAACGCGCUUGUCUGCCUCUCUGUCUGCCUCGUGCGACGCCUGCGGCACCCGUCGAACCACCUGCUGGUCUCGCUUGCCGCCUCCGACCUCUGCGUGGCCCUGCUGGUCAUGCCUCCCGCCAUGUACCUUGAGCUCUCCGGCCACCGCUGGGACCUGGGACGAGCAGCCUGCGACGCCUGGGUGUCCGCGGACGUUGCCUCCUGCACCGCCUCCAUCCUCAACCUGUGCAUGAUCUCCGUGGACCGCUACCUGGCCAUCACGCGACCAUUGACCUACGGUGUCCGGCGCACGGCCCGAAGGGCCUGGGCCUGCAUCGGUGCCGUCUGGCUCCUGGCGGCGCUCAUCAGCAUUCCCCCACUGCUAGUCCUGGGGAACGAGCACGGCACUGUCGACACACCCACCUGCCUCGUCUGCCAGCACCUUGCCUAUCAGCUGUACGCCACGCUCGGGGCAUUCUACAUACCUUUGGCUGUGAUGCUGUUUGUGUACUGGAGGAUCCACAGAGCUGCGAAGAAGGUCAUCGAAGCCGAGCACCGAGCGAGGCCCGGACCCCGCAGCAGGAGCCUGAGGGUCGUUCUGAGGGAGCGCAAGGCCUCCAUAACGCUCGGAAUCAUCCUCACGGCUUUCACGGCCUGCUGGCUCCCUUUCUUUGCCCUCGCCCUGGUGCGGCCUCUGGGAGGCAAACCACUUCCGGAGGUGGCGCACAGCUUCGCGCUUUGGUUGGGUUACGCCAACUCGGCGCUGAACCCGGUCAUCUACGUCACCUUUCACCACGACUUCCGGCGCGCCUUCCGGGACCUGCUGUGCCUCCGCUGUCAGACGCAGGCAACCGGAAACAGCACGACUGGGGGCGGAAGCAGCAGCGGCACGGUCAGACAGUUGCUGGGCAGCAGGGACAACCACCUCAACUCGUGGGCCUGACCAUGGUGGACGUCACCUGAAGACCUACGGGUCUCCAGGGUCGACGUGAAUCAGCUGCAAAAUAAGCACAAUGAUCAGGGUAAUCACCACGAGACCAAUCAUCAUCAGAACAAUCGAGGCAGCACG